AUGUCUACACCUCUCCCCACUGGGAAUGAAACCGCAACGCAAGCUUCCAAAAGCGCUUUGAGACGCGUCAAAAACAUUGGCAAUCCCAGUCAUACCGACCACUUGGACCCGUCAGAUUUUCCCGGGGGUGGCGUAACAGCUUGGGGCACAGCGCUAGGAGCUCCAUUUUCGCUCAUCGCGAUCCAGAUAUUCCAGCUCCUAUGGCGUCUUCCAUGUGAGCUUGGCCCGUUUUGUCACUGUGGUUCUGACUUAGAAUGGUAUAGCUGGAUAGGAGUCGGUCUCGUGUCAGGAAGGUUGCUUGACUGGGGCGCAUCGUCAAAACCGAAUGGGUAUUAUCAAGCAAGUCUAGUUUCUGUAUAA